AUGCCGCAGACGCAUUGGCUCAGAAAUACGUGGUAUUUUGCCACCAAUAUCGACAGGCAUGACCCCUUUUCGAAGUUACUUCCGGAGGAUAAACGGGCUGUUUUACGUGCUUGGCCCACACAGAGCCAUGGGGAGAGUUUCCUGAGCCUGGUUCCGCAGUCGGGGUUGGAAAUCAUUGCGAGAAGAGCCUCGCCGCCACUUAAUUCUGGCACAACCCCGACUGGUAAUGCCGAGGUCGCCGAUCUUGGCAUCAAGUUUGGGGAGAGUCAUGCUGACUCGGAGUUGAGGUGCCACAAUUUCCCAGCCAACUCUCCCACCUUUGGAUCUGCUGCUCGAGACGCUAUCGACUGGGAACGGAGCCGUUUAAUCCAGCGUACCCAGUUUAAUACUAUCCAAGUUACUAAAGCAGAACAAAUGUUCCUCGCCGCCAGGGAAAAUGCAUACAUUAGCCGAAACUUCCAAUUAAACAACAACCCCCAACAACAGGGGGCCAUAAAACCAAAGCGCAUCUGCGACGGCCCAGAACGAUGA